AUGGCACUCGUGCGUUAUUCUCUAUCUUUAUCACGAUUUGUUUUUCCAUCUAUUAUUUCCAAUCGAAAAGCUGCAACAGCACCAGCACCUUCCUCAUCACCUGUCGUCGAACAUACAACAAAUCCACCGAUACAAAAACAACAAGAGCAAAAUGUAUUAACAAAUUUAUCACCAUAUAAAACUGUUCCCGGCAAAGUUUACGGUGAUAGUAAAGUUGAAGUAGCUCUAGCUCGUUUGGAUGAUGUACAAAAUUUAAUUCGACGUGGUUCUAUUUGGCCACUUACAUUUGGUCUUGCAUGUUGUGCUGUUGAAAUGAUGCAAAUGGCAGCUCCACGUUAUGAUAUGGAUCGAUUUGGUGUUGUCUUUCGUGCUAGUCCACGUCAAUGUGAUCUCAUGAUUGUUGCUGGUACAUUAACUAAUAAAAUGGCUCCUGCUAUUCGACGUCUUUACGAGCAAAUGCCUCAUCCUAAAUGGGUUAUUUCUAUGGGUUCAUGUGCUAACGGCGGUGGUUAUUAUCACUAUUCAUAUGCAGUGGUACGCGGAUGUGAUCGUAUAAUACCAGUUGAUAUCUAUGUUCCUGGUUGUCCACCGAGUGCCGAAGCAUUGCUCUAUGGUGUUUUACAAUUGCAACGAAAGAUUAAACGAUAUGAUACAUUGCAAAAAUGGUAUCGAAAAUAA